AUGGAUGAAUCUUAUAAUUUUGCUACUACUAUCUUAACAUCCAAAACUCCAAAACAAGCUGCUCAAAUAAUUCCAAACACUGUACAAGGAUCCGUUGGUGUAAAUAAAGAUUUAAUUUCAUGGUUUCAUAAUUAUGAAACAAUAUUAUCUCAAUAUAAUUCUCAAUUGAAAAAUUUAAUUCAAGAUGCAAACAAGAUAAGUCAACGUAGUAAUGUCGGUUUUAAUAGUUUUCCAAGAAAUUGGAAUUGUUUAUUAAGUGCUAUUAAAUUAGAAGAAUCAAAUAAUGAAAUUUUACUUAAAAAUAUAAAAUUGGAGAUUUUAAACCCCUUGCGAAAUUUAAUUGAUAAAGAUGUUAGAAUUAGUGAAUUAUUAGUAAAUGGUCAAGAAUUACAAGAAAUUAGUGAAAACUUAGAUGAAUAUCAAUGGAAUUUUAAAGCUCCACAAGGUUUUCAAAAUUUGGAAGAUUUUAAAAAAAUUGAAAUUCAAACUUUAUUUAAUAUUGUAUUAAAUUUUAUACAGUUGCAAAAUAAUAAAUUGACUAAAGAAUUGAAGAAUAAUGAGAAUUCAACAAACUAUUUAUUGGGUAGUUUUAAAUUAGAUAACGAAAUGAAAAGUCAAUUAAAUUAUUUAUUGAAUACAGAGUUUCAAAUACCACAGUCAGCUCAACCUUCAUCCCAAAAGACUAAAAGAAAUAGUGUUGCAUCAUCUCCAAGUAAAACACCAACUUCUGAAAAGAGACAAUCAAGACUAAAAUCUAAAGUUGGUUCAAUUUUUGGUAGAAAGAAGAAAGACAAAAAAAUGGCAAAUGAUGUUGGUGCUAUACCAGAAGAUGCAUCUAUCUCAACAACACCUUCUGAUUUAACUAGAAAUACAACUAGAAGAUCAUCACAAUUGCCACUUGCUCCACACGCAAAUUAUACUCAGCCUCAACAACAAUAUUUUGAACCAAUGCAACCUAAACAAGCUCAACCACAACCACCACAAAAUCACGAACCAUAUCAAUUUGAGCAAUAUGAACAACAAAAACAAUCAGAAAAUAUCCCUCAACCAAUUGAAAAAUCACUAGUUCAACAACAAUAUCAACCACAAAUUCAACAACCAGAUUCUCCAAAUGUUGUCAAAUAUGAUAAUGAUUCAGAUGAAACAGAUAAUGAACAAUCAUUAUUACAAAAAUUAGAUCAUGAGAAAUUAGCACCAGCUCAUGAUCCACAACAAAGAUAUUCUUUUGAAAAAGGUGAUGAUGAAAUUUCGACUCCUAAAACAAACCACGAUACAUUUGACUCAAAUAAUUAUAGAUCCGAGUUUCCAGAACCAAUUAUUGAAAAAAAAUCUACAGCUCCUGCUCCUCCACCUUCCAGAAAAGUUACUCAUAAUGAAAGAGAGUCAGUAUUAUUUAAUCAACGUUCAUCAUCUUUUAUUCAACCCUUACAAAGUCAAGAUACUGGUAAUAUGUUGGGAAAUGAUUUUAAACAUUUCACAUUAAAUGAAUCUGGAUUAAAUUCUUCAAUUGCUGAAGUUGUUAAUGCAAAUUUUAAAGAUGGUCAAUUGGUUAAAUCAUCAGUUGUAGGUGAAGUUGCUUUCAAUUAUAUUGGACAACUUCAUGAACCAUUAAUUGUUUCAAUUCCAUAUCAAUAUGAUAAAUUAAUUGUUAAUAAAUCGUUUAUGGAAGAAUUAGGUGAUAAUUUAUACAGAAUACAUCCUGAAUCAAUAUCAUCAAGAACUUUAGGUGGAUUAAAAUAUCUUUCAAAAAAUGCUACUCCUCCAGUUACUAUUCAACAAAUUUGGAAAUAUGAACCUCAUCAAUCAAGUUUAGUUAUUAAUAUUAAAUCGAAUGAACCCUUAAUACUUGAAAAUUUUAUUGUAUCAGUUGCAUUAUCAAAUUGUAAAGCUAUUUCAGCAUCGUCAAAACCACAAGGUGCUUUUAAUCAUGACAAGAAUAGAAUUACAUGGAGAUAUAAUAAACCAUUACAUUUACAAGGUGAAGAAAAAUUAGUUGCAAGAUUUAUGACUCAAGGUCAAGGUAUUGAAAAUGAACAUGGAGUUCAAAUUAAAUUUGAAAUUAAAGAUGCACCAAUAAAGUAUUGUACAAUUUAUGAAAAUAAUAAAGAAGUUCCAACAUUUAGAAAUUUAAUAAGUGGUAACUAUAGUGGACAUUAUUAA